GUCUGCAAUGAGCGCAAAACCACAGAUUCCCGAUGCAUGGGAUGAUGACUGGGAACCCCGAGCGGAUGCACUAGCAAACGAGCCUACCCCGCCGACCGAGAAGAAAGUUUCAUCUAAAGUCACCAAAGCUCAGAGAAGGGCACAACAAGCUGAAUUCAAUCGACAACUAUGGGCGGAAGCGUACGUACUGGACUUGCAAGAUCCCGAAAUGGCGGAUCUCAACUCUGACUGUGCACCCUAUAGUGAAACCCCGCAAACAUUCCAUUUUGUCGAAGCUCGGUCCGACGUACCCCUCAAACAGGAUAUAAAGCCUGCUGUUACACUUCUCAGCCGGAGACCACAAAUUGCGACGCGACAGUCAGGAAGUUCUGGCGUUAAUUCUGCAACCGCUGGGCUUGGUCAACUAGGACUGGACGAUGAUGGCGAUUCAGACGAAGAGGCUAAUAAAGCCCCCGAACCGACUUUCGAGGAACGACAGGCAAUCGCGCUGAAGAACCGAGAGGAUAGGCAGCGCAAGUACGAAGAGGCCCGGGAACGGCUCUUUGGAAGCCCGUCUGCGAACACUUCGGGGAAUUCGUCGCCAGGGACUACAACCCCGCCCCGUCAGCAGUUCGGCGAGGGCAGGGGUAAAGGCAAGGGUCGAGGAGGCAGAGAUCAGCAGAAACGCGAUUCGUCUACGGGCUCGAGCAAGUCGAAACAUCUAUACGAUCCAACCACAUCGGCCAGGUCCAAUGGACCGCCUUUACAAAGGCGAGAUCGUCCCGGCGAUCGCAGUGACUCUGAGAAGCAAAGCUCCCCUGCCUCUCCGGCCUCACCCGCUCCGCUGCAGCCUACUCGUCAUCCUCGAGGCCCUGAUGCAAGUGGAAGAGGUGGAUUCAAAUUCAACAGAGGUGCCAGAGGGAGCUAA